UUUUUUUUUUUUUUUUUUUUUUUUUUUUUUUUUUGUGUCAUUUUCCUUUAUUUUAAUGAAGGGCAAAAUGAUCUUUUAACUUUUUAUUAUAACAAAUUAAAAAAAUUAAAAUCGACCUUGUAAAUCAGUGGCAAAGUAAAUCAAUAUUCUCACUCUCUCUCCUUUCUCUCUCUAACCUACAAACACUCUCUCCCUAACCUACAGACCACCACCCGGUUACCACCAUCACAACCCGACCAUCACCACCACUCUCUAACCUACACACAUACACUCUUUCUAACUUACAGACCACCACCGCCCGGUUAUCGGCAUCACUUGACCACCACCACCUGGUGCCGCUACCACCCAGUUACAUCCACCACCCUAAAUUGAAAAACUUACUAAAAACAAAUCCUUCAAACCCCAAGUUUUGAUUUCAAUUCACUAUCUCCCCAAAAGGGUUCAUCACAAAUCUAAUUUCCCCCAAACCUACAAAACCCCAACUGAAAAAUCUUGCACCAAAAAGACUCAUAAAUCAACCAAUCAUGUCAACUGAAACACCCAUCCCAUAUCCAAAAUCGACACCAGCACCAAACUUCCAUAGUUGUCUGCUAAUUCCCUAUUACCUUUAAUUUUACACGUAGAUUGUUUACUAGAGUUCCUACACUUCCUAAGACCAUUCAUAAUAAGGAGAUAUAAAACCAUUAAAAACGUGUCUACUCAGCUGAUAUCUUAGAAAAACAUUAUUUUUCAAAAACACCCAAUAAGAUUACAUAAAAACACCGGAAAAACAUUAACACGUCAUUAUAACAUUUUUUUUAUUUUGAACCAUUUAUUUAUUUCUCUCUCUCUAUAUAUAUAUAACAGUACAGAGCCCCAACUCCAAUUUAUUUUUUCUUGUUUUUGGCCUAGAACUACAACCCAAAAAAGAGACAUAAAAAAUGAACUACACAAUAGUAAAACUUGAUGAUGUGACAUUUUUUUUUGAAGGCUAAAAAUAAGAAAAAAAAAUAUCCUAUUGUUAAUGCUCUAAGCCGAAUUUUCACAACUGUAAUUUUUUUUCUUAAAAUUCGAGGUUCUGUUCAAGUGAGAGCCUAAAACCCUUACUUGAGUUAAAUCCCUGACAUAACAAUUUUUUUUUUCUUCAAAAAGUUCAAUUUAAAGCCUUAAAAAUAGAUAAAUAUUCACCAAGCUAUUCUUGUAUUGAUUUAAAAACUCUCCAAAUUCUUUCAACGUCAUCAUCCUCUAAAUCUAAGGGCAGUGGGGGUGGAUCGUUAAUCAACCGUGAUAGCCAAAGUCCACGCGUGAUAAAAACAAAACUUCCACCGCCACCGAAAAUGUCCACGCGUUGAAAACAAAUUCCGUUAUUUUCUUCACGCGUUGAAAACAGAUAUUGAAACAAAUUCCGUUUAAGAUUGUUUUGUCCUUUUAUGUUGAAUUAAUAGCAACUUUGAUGAAAAGUGCAAAUUAGCCCCUCAACUUUUGUUAGCUAUUUUAAAUAGCUUUCCUUUAAUUGCAAUUCAGGUCCCUCAUCUUUAUAUAAAUUUUAAUUGCCCAUCUCGACGAACCGUUUAAGUCGGCUGUAAUUCAACAAAAACGCGAGAUUUGCGAAAGGUGGGGUUGGGAGAUGCCACCCGUUUAAUUUAAGUUUUUUUUUCCAAUGUUUAGUUGUUUUUUUAUUUUGCUAUGUAAUUUAUUUUUUAAUUUUAAUGAAAUUUAUAAUUUAGUGUUUUAUUGUUAAUUUCUAAUUAAAAAAAAAUUUGUGAGUGAUGGAAUUCCAUCACUAGUGAUGACCACCGCCACUAAAAAGGCUUGUGAGUGAUAGAAUAGUGAUUGAUGACAUAGCGGAACUUGAUUGGAUGUUUGUAAGUGAUGGAAUUCUAUCACUAGUGACCAUCCCCACUCCCCUAACUUAAAAGACGAGUUACUCGUUGACUUUGAGUCAGAAGACGAGUUAAUCACUUGUGCAGUACCAGCCGCGGCCAACUUAGGCAGGGCGAGGCACCUCACGGGUUCAGGGUACAGUGCGGGUUGGCGUGCAUCUUGAAGAGUUGAAGUGUCCGGGUAUUGUUUGCCGCAUGAAACAAAAACGAAAAAUGGACACUUGGAGUUAAACGGUCAAACAUAGGACCGUUGAAUGUUUAAAAAAAUAAUAAUAAAAAUAAAUAAAUAAUUUUUUAAACAUUAUAAAUAAGUAAAUAACCCCUUAUUGUUAUUUUCAAUUUCAUUUCUGCUCAAACCUUCAUCUUUUCUCUUCAUUUGUUAAUGGCUGAUGAUCUUCGUAUAUUUUUACCACUUUUACUGCCCGACACUUCUGAUUCUUCGUCAAGCGACAGUAGCUUGGAUUUUUUCAAAGAUCUCAUUGAGCAAGCCAAAGCAGCAGAACUUCUAGAAGAGUUCGAACAUUCUAACGAACAAUCUAGAAGAGUUCGAAUUAACCGCAACAACGAUCUUCUAAAGAGAGAGCGUGAACCGGAGCUUCCAGAAGUAGAAGCUUCUAGAAGAGCCAUUGCAGAGAACUGUAUCGGAAAGAAGAUUAUACGAUCUGUUGUUGCCGACGACGACGAUGCUUACGUCAUCGACGGUGUUUCACGUUCCGAUUUUGAAGCAUCUCUCACCGGAAAAACAAUCGUCGGAGCUCAUCGUAAGGGGAAGAUUAUGUGGAUUGAGCUUGAUUCUCCUCCUUUUCCGUUGUUUCAGUUUGGAUCGGCGGGUGCUAUAUAUAUCAAAGGUAUUGAUGGAAAGAAGUAUAAAAGGUCUGCGGUUCGAGAUACAGAUGAAUGGCCUUUCGAAUGUUCCAAGUUAUUUAUAGAACUAGACGAUGGUUUGGAGCUAUCGUUUAUUGACAAAAGGCGAUCUGCAAAAGUCCGCUUACUUGAAAAUCCGGCUACUGUGGCCCCGAUAUCUGAACUUGGUCCAGAUGCCUUUUUGGAGCCAAUGACACAAGAUGAACUCUUUGAAGCACUGAGCAAGAAGAAGGUUGCCAUAAAGACUCUCUUACUCGAUCAGAGCUUUAUUUCAGGUAUCGGUGAUUGGAUUGCAGAUGAAGUUCUAUAUCAGGCAAAAAUCCAUCCACUUCAGGCUGCUGCGAGCAUUCCUAAAGAAGUAUGUGCAGCACUGCAUAUGUCCCUUAAAGAGGUUAUUGAGCAUUCAGUUGAAGUUGAUGCGGUCAGCAGUCAUUUUCCGGUUGAUUGGUUAAUUCAUUAUAGAUGGUGCAAAAAACCUGGAAAAAUAAACGGAAUGGCAAUCGAGUUUAUCAAUGUUGGAGGCAGGACAACUGCGUACGUACCCGAGUUACAAAAGCUAAGUGGAGACCAAGCAGUCAAAGUGGCAGUCAAACCGGUACACUUGUUGGGUGAAGAAAGCUUCGGCCCGAGUCAAAAAAGAAAGUCUUCGGAUUCGGGAAUUUAUAGAGCGGAUACACCGAAUGUAGAAGUCUCGAGCGGAUUCGUUAUUCCCGACAUAAACGAGGAUCCCUCGCCAAGACGACAAAAGAGAAGGGAGAAAAAGGACAAAGGGCCGUCUUCAAGAAACGAAUAUCCAAGAGAUAUAACCGGUAGAUUCGAAGAAUACAUGGCCAUGAAAAAAGAGUUAAUGGAUAUUAAACGUAUACGAGAAGAAAAAUACUUGACCUUGGCGGAUGAGCAACGAGAGGCGUUGCGACAAAUAAUGUACGACAAUGACUUUGAGACAUUUAAUCGGCCUACCGACAAUGUUCACCCUUCGAUGUUGGAAAUCACACUCGCUAGAAAACGUGAGAUCGCAAAAAAAUAUGGAUGGCCUUGUAAUUUUUAGUUUUUUUAAACUUAGAUUUUAAUGUAAUGCUUUAUUUUUAUUUAUAACAGUUUGAUGUUUUUUCCA